GUGUAACGCGGUAAUGUGUCCCCCGUGAGGCGCCGUGCUGCCGGGUGAAUGUGAACUCUGGGUGAUGGCAGCGCCGCUCGGUGUGAGGUUAUUUCCCCGCGGAUCUCACUGCGGCUUUCGGUUAUGUUCCACAGCUCUCCGGAGAUUCACGAGUCCGGUUCUGACCCGCAGUCACAGGCUCGGCCCGACGGAUGAUGAGAUGUACCAGCGCACCACAGUGACGGUGAUGCAGAAGGAGCCAGGCAGUGGUCCCAUCAUCUACAGCUACAGCUCACGAGGCUUUAACAUCGAUGGGAACACGGUGAUUGGACCCUGUGCCGUCGUCCCUCCGGCGAUUCUCCAGUGGAAUGUGGGAACUCAUGAAGACAUCACAGUGGAGAGUUUGUCUCUGUUCUACCUGCUGGAGCCACACAUAGAGGUGUUGGUUCUGGGCACAGGAACCCGUACAGAGCGUUUGGACCCCAACGUUCUCUCUUUCAUCAGGAAGAAAGGCAUCUCAGUGGAGGUGCAGGAUACGCCGAAUGCCUGUGCCACCUUCAACUUCUUGACCAGCGAGAGACGAAUUGCAGCAGCUGCUUUGAUCCCGCCCCCUCUGUCGACUGCGAUGACAUCAGAAUGACAUCAGUGUGUGUGUGUGUGUGUGUGUGUGCGUGCUGUAAUACUGUGUAUCAUAAGUGUUUUUGUUCAAUAGCUGUGUAUCACAACCCUGUUUUGUAUUUUAUUUACUGUCAGAAGACGAAUCGACAGAGUGGACAAAAACUUUUCAGCCACAAAAGUAAAGUUUCUCAGUCACACCUUAAAGUUGAAGCAGUGUGUGCAGGUGUAAACUCUUCACCAUUAUCGAACUUUUUGUGUCCAAAAAUACGAUUUGUUUCAACUGGAAAUCUGUUCAUCUGCUCCAAGAUUUCUCAGAUGCAUAAAAUAAGAGAAAGUGGUGUUUAUACUGUAUGAUGUGAUAAUAAACUGAUAAAAGACCUGUACUUUAAUCAGCAUCAUAACUUGGUGACAGGACAGUAAAGCUUAAGUCAGUGGUUCUCAAACUUUUUUCACCAAGUACCACCUCAGAAAAUACUUGGCUCUCCAAGUACCACCAUAAUGACCAACAUUAAAAUACAGUAAUGUAGUAGGCCUAAGUAUUCAUUAAAAACAAGCCGGAGGUUUUAUUUAACAAGUAUAUUUAAUAUUGUUGGCCACUGUAACAUUACACACAGUACUUUGAACAGUAACACUGUGUUUAAAUAUAGGAAAAUAAAACACUGUACUUAAAUAAUCAAAUAAAAUUAAUUGGGGCGGCAUGGUGGUGUAACCUCACAGCAAGAAGGUCCUGGGUUCAAGCCCCGUGGCCAGCGAGGGCCUUUCUGUGCGGAGUUUGCAUGUUCUCCCCGUGUCCGCGUGGGUUUCCUCCGGGUGCUCUGGUUUCCCCCACAGUCCAAAGACGUGCAGGUUAGGUUAACUGGUGACUCUAAAUUGAGCGUAGGUGUGAAUGUGAGUGUGAAUGGUUGUUUGUGUCUAUGUGUCAGCCCUGUGAUGACCUGGCGACUUGUCCAGGGUGUACCCCGCCUUUCGCCCAUAGUCAGCUGGGAUAGGCUCCAGCUUGCCUGCGACCCUGUGGAAGGAUAAAGCGGCUA